AUGCAUUCGACAUUUAUUGGAACCCCUUACGACACCCUCAAGGUGGCUCACGCGAUCGUGUCUGAAUCCCUCUCCGCACAUAUGAAAGCUUUUCAAUGGGCCAACUACAACAUCACCACCACGCUCUACAGCAAGCUCGAUCUCUGCGAUGUCGGCGCCGACUUAGUCCUGAGCAGUACAUUGGUCUGGUGCCCUCGCUCAGUGUCUGCCUGGAACUUUCUCUUCUGGCUGCUUUGCUUCGCUACAAAUGCCUUCAACCAGCCGACAGGCCGUGUGCUCGGCCUCUUCCACCCCCGGCACGCCGUACUGCGCUCCAUGCCUGUCCUUUACGCGACCGACGGCGUCUACUCUCUGCUCACCUGGAUGGGUCAGGCUUUCGUAGCUGGCCACGGCAUCCGCGUGGGUGCCUCGCAUGUCCUAGCCGCCCGACUAGUGCACCCCGAUGGUCUGGCCAACGUCGACGCCUUCACGGGCACACGAAGCCACGCUUGGCUGCGCUGGUCAUCCUUUGUGGUGGGCGUGCUGCCCCAAUAUGUCAAGCUCCUGGCUAGCCGUGAGGGCAUGCCGGCAUGGGUUCUGGCCGUUGAGAUCCUGUUCUUGAUCCCGUGGGUUGUCUUUGAGCUGCUCACUGCUGCGGCCUGUCCUGACAAUUUUAGGGCUCUUGCAAUCACCGCAAGGAGUGAAAAGGAGAUACGAGAAGCCGUACGUGCGCAAGAAACUGCGGCCAACUGGAGACAUAGCUUUCCGGACAGCUGGCUGCGGUCGCACCUCCUCCCUACGUUUUACCCGCAGAUAAGAACCCUGCACUAG